GAGAUGAAGCCUGGGAAAUCAUCACAUGCAAAGGAUUUACUUGGAGUAAAAGAUCACUGAAUUCUACAAUGGAAAAGUCAUGGAUGCUUUGGACCUUUGUUAAAAGAUGGCUACUAGCUUUGGCUUCCUGGUCGUGGAGUCUCUGCCGUAUUUGUCUCUUACCCUUGAUAGUAACUUUUCACUUGUAUGGAGGUGUUAUACUUCUUACACUAAUAUUUGUAUCAAUAGCGGGUAUAUUAUAUAAAUUCCAGGAUGUGCUGCUUUACUUUCCUGAACAGCCCUCUUCAUCACGCCUUUAUGUUCCUAUGCCUACCGGUAUACCACAUGAAAAUAUCUUCAUCAAAACCAAAGAUGGAGUGCUUCUCAAUCUUAUUCUGCUGAGAUACACAGGGGACAAUGCAGCGUAUUCUCCAACCAUCAUUUACUUUCAUGGGAAUGCAGGCAACAUUGGCCACAGGUUGCCAAAUGCUUUGUUAAUGCUGGUAAACCUGAAAGUAAACUUAAUUCUUGUUGAUUAUAGAGGGUAUGGAAAAAGUGAAGGAGAAGCAAGUGAAGAAGGUUUGUACUUAGAUUCUGAGGCUGUGUUAGACUAUGUGAUGACUCGGUCUGAUCUUGAUAAAACAAAAAUUUUUCUUUUUGGCCGUUCCUUGGGGGGAGCAGUAGCUAUUCACUUAGCUUCUGAAAAUUCCCAUAGGAUUUCUGCCAUCGUGGUGGAGAACACCUUUCUUAGCAUCCCAUACAUGGCCAGCACUUUGUUUUCUUUCUUUCCAAUGAGAUAUCUUCCUUUAUGGUGCUACAAAAAUAAAUUUCUGUCCUACAGAAAAAUCUCCCAGUGCAGAAUGCCUUCUCUCUUCAUCUCUGGGUUGUCUGACCAGUUAAUUCCACCAGUUAUGAUGAAGCAACUUUAUGAGUUAUCCCCAGCUCGGACUAAGAGAUUGGCGAUAUUUCCUGAUGGAACUCAUAAUGACACUUGGCAGUGCCAGGGUUAUUUCACUGCACUUGAACAGUUCAUCAAAGAAGUAAUAAAGAGCCACUCCCCUGAAGAAAUGGCGAAAACAUCAUCUAAUGUGACAAUAAUAUAAUUGACGUUCUUCUUUGGGGUGAGGGGAAUACCUGCACUGUACCUUGAUUUGUGAAAAGUGGUAAAAGAAUGUCCAUUUUUAAAUGUCUGUCAUGUCUGUACUUGCCUGAAGAGUGAAAUUAAACUUGGAAAGGUCUGAUGCUUUAUUAAAAUGUUCCAGAUAACUUUUAGAUUUGCAGCAUUGUAAAUGAACCAUUUUAUGUCUUUCUCAUACUUUUUUGGUAUAUCUGUCCCUAUAUUCCAUUUGAUAUCUACAAUGGAUGCU